AUGGCAAAAAAUACCAGAAAUUAUCAAACAGAUGAAGAUAUUUAUGUGAACACUAUAGAACGUAAAGAGGAUCCAAAGAACCAAAAAAGUGCAGAUCAUGAUCAGUCCACCUCAUUUGAAGAAUUAAGUGAGCGGUUUGCUAACGCUACAGCUGAACUGAAACUGCAGGACCUCAAAACCACCGCUAAAGAGCGAGAGUAUAAACAGCUGGAGGAGAAACAUCAGCACAUCCAUGAAGUCAUUUCUAAAGCAAAUAAGAGCUGUGAGCUGUGUGAUAAAGGAUGGAGGUCUCUCGGGUUGAAGUGCUACUUUUUCUCCACCAGUAAUCUGAACUGGAUGGCGAGUCGAGACUCCUGUGUUGAGAAAGGAGGUCACCUAGUGAUCAUAACCAGCCAAGCAGAGCAGGAUUUUCUAGCUUCACAAAUUAAAGACCUUCACUGGAUGGGUCUGAAUGAUCUGGAGAUGGAAGGAAAGUGGAUGUGGGUGAACAACAAGACCUUGGAUGAGAUCGGUGUGAAGUUCUGGUACACAAGAACAGAUCAACCCAGUGAGCCUGAUAACUGGAGAGUGGAGAACCCUUCUGGAGAGAACUGUGCUUGUACGGGGCAUCAGUGGGUGGAUGUUUCCUGCCGUCGAAGAGAAAAGUACAUUUGUGAAAAACAAAUAAAAAUAUAAAAACUGCUGUUUUCUCAAACUAAGCAAUGUUUGGUGUGUGUGUGUGUGUGUGUGUGUGUGUGCGUGUGUGUUUGUGUGUGUGUGUGUGUGUGUGUGUGUGUGUGUGGAAUGUACUCAUUACAUGUAUUAAACUAAUUACGUUUACUCAUUAUUUUAAUCACUCUUUAUUAAUCAUUAAAUAAAUGUCACAUUUUCUAA